CAGAGCUGCUGACGUGCUGGAUCCGAUAAUGCCGGAUAACACUAAACCACGACAAGUGAGGCUGAGAGGUCUCGAGCGUAUGCUCACAAUGGUCGACGGCGUUUCCAUGAAGAUCGUGCAUUCGAUGCUUCUAGUUGGCGACAUUGCCAUACUAUACCAAUUCCUACCAGUCGCACUCAUGCAAACGUUCAACAUGCACCCGCGUAUGCGAGCACUUCAAGUUAAGAAUGACGACUUCAUGGCAGAGAUCCAAGAUAAAGUGUCCAUCGACGACAUUUCUCGCAAGGAUCUCCUACGUAUUCGACAAUUCACUCAAUCCGAAAGUACUAAAGAUACUUUCGAAAACUGGCAGCACUACGCUGAACAAGAAUGCGACGUUGGCUUCGAUCGGUACACACAGUUCCCGUUUUUCUUGGUGGUGUGGAUAGACGAUAAAGUUGAACAAGCUCGACUCAUGCUCUUCUCCGAUCACUACAUGUCGGACGGUCGCUCGGGUAUGACAGUGCUCAACAGCGUCCUUGAACAAGUAUCCGUCCUCUCCCAAAAGAGAGACAGCCAAGUCGACUACAAACCAGUACAAGAAUAUCCUAUGCGCCCUUCGUUCUACGAAAUGUGGUUUUCGAAGAGUUUCCUCUUCAAAGAAUUACUAAAAGGUGUCAUGAGUGUGUUUGGAGAAGUGAUCUAUCGCAGCGAAAUGAAGAAAUUCAAACCUCGUCUAACCGCACGAGAUGACCAGCAUGACUUCGAAGUGCCUCCAAUCAAGAACCCGACCUCAGCCUGUUUCAUGGACGGAGAUCCUGAUGCCAUGCGCAAGACACUUAUGAAAUGCAAGGAAGAGGGCGUCACCUUUGGUGGAGCAUUGGUGGCUGCUAUCACCCUCGCGUUCUACUAUUCAGCAAAGAAACAACCAGGCUUUGAACUAGGAAAACCGUUCAAAAUUGCGGCAGACAUCGACUACAACAUGAGGCAACGUAUACCUAGUCCCGCUGAAGAAGAUCAGGUCGGGGCUUACAUAGCCUUCACUGAUCUAGGAUGGCUCGCUAACGAAGGAGUUGACUUGGAAAAUACGAGGUUCUGGGAUCUCGCACGCCGAGCUAAGAGUGAGAUUGACGGAAAUCUUCUCAACACGAGAGCCAUGGCCGCUAUGACUAUUAUCAUGGACCAGAAACUCAAUUCUCAGAUGAAGCCAUCUUUGGCGAAAUCUGUAAGAAUCCACCACUCGCAGACUUCAGACGCCAACAUCUCGAAUGUCGGACGGUAUCCAUACGCGAAGGAACACCGACUGGCGUCGAGGGAUGGCAACCAAAGCAUGCUUGCAGUGAAAAACCUUCACGUGUACAACCCGAUUCCUCACUUGGGCCCUUCAGCAGUCUUCUUUGUCACGUCGGUGGAAUCUUUUUGCUAUUCUAUGGGCUACAAGUGCGAGAAGGAUGCUGCAAAAGCGCUCUUCAGUAAGUGGGUCGAUAUUUGCGAAAACAUCGGUAGUAUUGACUCCGACGAAACGUUGGAUAACGUGUUAAUGAAUCGGAGUAUAUAGAGAGCAUUGGUUGGGUGUAAUGAAAACUAAAAAAGACGAAGAAAGAUAUGGAUUUUUGCAU